AAAAUUUCUACCUAAUCAUUGCAAGGUAUGUUUGUUUGCCUUAUCUGGACUGAACUUGGCGGUUUAUAUAAAAGAGGCAUGGGUUGCUGUUGGCAAAGGAACUGCUGAUUUCACUCGAAGUCAUGUCCAGUUUAAGGGUUGUUGUAAUUUUUGUUCUUUUCUGCGCAAAUGUGUUCAGUGAGGCCAUCUGGUUGGAUCCAGAUACUGGCCUCAACUUGUACGAAUUCAUCGACCGGCACGGAUACAGCUAUGAAAAUCACACCAUCACUACUGAUGAUGGUUACAUUUUGACCACAGUGCGGAUUCCUCAAGGCAAAAACGAAUCUUCCGACUCCAACACUACCAAACCGGUUGCACUGCUUCUGCAUGGCAUCUGGAGCAAUCCGAAGGAUCUCAUCACUAAAGGCGACGAAUCCAUCGGGUUCCUUUUAGCCGAAAAAGGAUACGAUGUCUUCCUAAUGGCUAGCAGAGGAAACACCUACAGCUUGGGCCACACCAAUCUCAGCUCCGAUUCGGUUGCUUAUUGGAACUUCAGCUGGCAUGAAGUGGGCUACUACGAUAUUCCAGCAAACAUGGACUACAUCCAGAACCUUACAGGAUUGACCAACGUUUCCUUCGUCGGACACUCGCAGGGUGGUACUGCUUUUGUGGUCUUUGCGGCCACAAGGCCCGAAUAUCGCACCCGAGUGACCGUCGCCAAUCUUUUCGCCCCUGUUGUCUACAUGGAUUAUUGUCAAUUGCCCUUCUUCGAUGUGCUCAAGGAGUAUGAAGAAGAGCUUGAUGAUGCUUUUGCCGAUUUGGGAUUGAACAAGGGGAUUCUAACGAGCAACCCCAUCUACCUACAACUGGCGGUUCUGUUUUGCCAUCGAGAUUCCGCGGCAAUUGAUGUGUGUGUGGAGCUCUUUGGAGAUCUUGCUGGACCCGAUCCCAAUCAACUGAAUACGUCAAUGAUCACCGUGAUGGCAUCGACGGAUCCAGCAGGAGGAGCCUUCAAACAGGUGAUCCAUUACCUGCAAGUGGCCAGAACCAGCGAAUUUCGCAAAUACGACUAUCGGGACAACAACGAGUUGGCAUAUAAUCAGACGGAACCUCCUUACUACGAUUUGGCGGACAUUGACGACGUUUCCAUCUAUAUCUGGUACGGCGCGAACGACUACUUCAGUGGAGCGUUGGAUUAUACGCGAUUAAUCUCGGAAAUUCCAAGCGCAACAGCCAUGUUGGUCGAGGAUAGUCUUUGGAACCACAUCGAUUUUGCCUUUGCAAUCGAUGCCAAAUCAUACGUCUACGAUGAAGCUAUAUCGCUUUUUAAUACAUACAAUGGCUUGUAAAUAGAAAUUUAUUAAAC